AUGCCACCACUAUCGUCGCCCUCGCCCACGGCCACCGGGGAGUCCGGCCACGUGAAAUUCCAUAAGUUACCGGAUUUUUACGGUACCAACUUGAACCUGCUGAUCCUAGGAUACAUUCGUCCCGAGUACGACUAUGUGUCGUUGGAGGCCUUGGUGGAGGAUAUCCGGCUGGACUGCGAGGUCGCACGAGAGAGUCUGCAGCGACCGACGUAUGCCUGUUACUUAACCGGGGAGGGGGGUGGAUCGGAGACUGUGACGGAACAGCGCCGGUGGUUGACGGGGUUCUAA